UUCUUCGAGGUCAAGCCUCUUCUUUCGUGACAGUAUAAGUUUGCGUGCCAUGGUCGUUUUGGAAGAGGAUCGGCACAGCUUCAUCAGCCUUCGGAUCAGCUUCAGCGAACAGCUCUUGUUACAUCAACCGGCUCUUCACAGCGACCGUCAUGGAAGACAAGUCUUCAAACGAAAAACCCUCAUCCAAGGUCCAGCACGAGGUGGCAUUAACUCACCAUGCAUCGGACGUGCAUUUCUCUGCGGACUUAAAAGGGGCGAGAGCCGACAACGAGACAGAGCAUCACCUCACCCUCGCCGAAGUCUGGAGGAACCAUCCAGCCCUGAUUUGGUGUUCAUUCUAUUGGGCAAUGUGCGCUAUUGGCUGGGGUUUCGAUGCUCAGAUCAACGGCGCCAUGAUCUCUGUUGCUGCCUUUCGCCGCGACUUCGGCUACGUAUUCGAAGGCGAACCCGUUCUACCGGCCAGCUGGCAAACCGCGUUCAACAUGGUGUCCUCCGUUGGGAUGUUCUUUGGCGGCUUUCUAUGCAGCUGGAUGGCGGACAAGGUCGGUCGCAAAGGUGCACUGGCGGCAGGUCUCUUGAUUUGUUCAGGUGGCAUCUUCGGUGAGAUGUUUUCCACCGCCAGAGUCGCCUUCCUCAUGUCCAAGCUCAUCAUUGGUUUCGGUCUUGGGUUCUAUUUGACUAUUGGGCCAAUGGCUUGCAGUGAGAUUGCGCCUGUUGUGCUCCGCGGCAUCUCCACUGCGGGCAUCAACUUGGGUAUUGCUGUGGGCCAGCUCCUAUCAAAUGCUGUCGUCAAGGGGUUUGGCGAAUGGACAACACGUUGGGCUUACGCUGCACCUUUCGCUAUACAGCUAUUCUUCGUCGCAUUCCUGGUCUGCGGUUUCGUCUUCGUUCCGGAAUCGCCAUGGUACUUGGUUCGCCGGGGUAAGGAUGAGGAAGCGCUGCAAGCGUUGCAGAAGCUCUGGGGCAAAGACAUGGAUGUCAGAGAUAAACUCGCCGGCCUGAAGGUCACAAUACAGGGGGAGCAAUCCCAGAAAGAGUUGACGUUCACAGACUGCUUCAAGGGGACAAACUUGAAACGAAGCCUCAUCUCCACUGGGGCCUUCGCGUGCCAGCACUUCGUUGGUAUUGUCUUCGUUCUCGGAUACUCGACAUAUUUCUUCCAGCUGGCUGGUCUUGACACGAGCCGCUCGUUCGACCUCGGCGUAGGAGUCACGGCCUGUGGCGUCGCUGGCAACAUCGCGUCGUGGUUCGUUGUUGAUUCUUUCGGACGACGCAAGGUGUUUGUCAGCGGUAUGGGCUGUCUUACCUUUCUCCUCUUGCUAAUCGGAAUUAUGGAUGUCGUACCCUCCUCGGGUGCAAAAUGGGUCCAAGCUUCCUGCACCGUCAUCUACGCCUUCGUCUACUUCAUGACCAUCGGUGCCAUGGCCUUUGUGUUGCUUGGCGAGGUGUCCAGCAUGGGUCUCCGCGCGCACACGACCGCUCUCGCAACCGCAACUCAGGCCGUGCUCGGCGUCAUUAUGAACAUCUCUAUACCAUACAUGGUAAACCCCGACGAAGCGAAUAUGAAGGGCAAGGUCGGGUUCGUGUUUGGUGGGCUCGCAGUUAUAGGAACUGUAGGGUCCUGGCUGUAUGUUCCGGAAUUGAAGGGCAGGACAACGGGCGAGAUCGACAUGUUGUUUGCCAGGGGUGUGCAGCCACGGAAGAUGGGGGAAUAUAAGAUUGAUGAAUUCGCUGGAUGAUUCGGGCGGUUCUUGUUUUCGAGUAUGAGCAGGAGAAAGGUUCGUACUAUGGAUUGAAACUGGAUAGAUGGUUGAAGCGCGGUUCCCCCGUUAGAUCGAAGGAGCUUGUGCCCGAAACCGUCCAAUUUGAUUUCGU